CCAGGGACGUCGGCCAGGACACUUCUCCUUCCUGGAUCCCUUCUCCCCUGGCGUCUGGCUCUUCAUGCUCCUGGCCUACUUGGCUGUCAGCUGCAUCCUCUUUCUAGUGGCGAGACUGACACCUUACGAGUGGUACAACCCCCAUCCUUGUCUAAAGGGACGCUGCAACCUGCUGAUCAACCAGUACUCACUUGGCAACAGUUUCUGAUUCCCAGUUGGAGGAUUCAUGCAGCAGGGAUCCACCAUCGCUCCCAGAGCUCUGUCUACACGCUGUGUCAGUGGAGUGUGGUGGGCCUUUACGUUAAUCAUCAUCUCUUCGUACACGGCCAACCUGGCUGCCUUUCUGACAGUUCAGAGGAUGGAGGUUCCCAUAGAGUCGGUGGACGACCUGGCAGAUCAGACGGCGAUAGAGUACGGCACCAUGCACGGAGGGUCCACCAUGACUUUCUUCAUGGUGAGAGCAAACACACCUCACUUCUCUCAUGUGAGCCAAUUUCAGCUCAGAUCAUGUGAUCAGUCACCAGUAAUGUCAUCCUCAUCAUGUUUUAUGUGUUUACCACCUGCUGCUCACACAACCAGACAAUAAGCACUCCAGCCUCGUUUAUAUUCUAGGUAUUUGACCUCAGAGAGGAACAGAUAAAGAUGAGGAAAAUCCGAGUGUUAGAGGAGAGAGGGACAUUGAAGGAUGGGAUCGGAGAACAGAUAAAAGACCUGUACUCUUUGAUGCUUUAACAUCCGCUGGACCUUGAAUAGAGCAGAGGAGACUGGUUAAGAGGAAAUGUAAGACAGGAGGUGAUAUGAUUUGAAGUUUCUGCUCUGAAAUCUGUAGCUGCUCAAAUGGAAAAAAAGGUCUGUAAAAGAAAACUGCGAUAAAGAAGAUGCAUUCAGGUAAAUCAGUUUGAAUCAAACCCAUCAGUCACAGAAAGGAAAAUGGUCCAAAAAGUGACAAUUCAAGAGCUUUUCUGCAAAUCUAAGCUUCUUUUUCUGGCCUGUGAUGUAAAAGGAAAUUAGAAAUAUUGUUUCUAUUGGAUGUUUAACUGUUUUUGUCACUUCUCAGUUUAAACAUCCAGGUUUACCUUUACUUUAAUCUCAGCUUGUUUCAGUCUGCAGAGGAUGGGAAAUAAACCAAAAACCAAGAUUGUUUUGAAAUCCUUUUUUAUUUCAAAGGAAACAAUUCUGCUUUUUUACCGAGGAUGCUCCACGUUGAAUAUGGGGCCAAUAAAAAAAAACUACAAAAUUAACCUAAAUUCUUUGAUCUUAUAUCUGCAGUUAAACCAGAUUUUGUAGACUCAAAUCUGGACGUACAGAUACAAAAAUGUUAGCCAUAUCUUUUUCAUUUUAUCACUGAAAAUGCUGAAUGAGAUGACAGCAGCAGCACACAUUUAUUUGAAACCUCAAAUCUUUAUGUAAUACUUAACAUCAGUGUGCAGUGCUCUGAUCUCCAGCCCCCAGUGUUUAGAAAUUAAACACCCAGGCAGACUCUUACAGAGAACAUGUGACUUAUGGAGCAUGUUCAUAUUAAAUAAUUCAAAAGUGUGACUGAU